GUGUCUCAUCUCAUCCGUCCGUAGGUGCUGGACUCGGUGAGACGCGGGCGAGAAGGAAAAGAAGGCGCGAGGUGAACUGAGUUUGAUCCUGAGGCGCCUACAAGUGGGUCCCCGGCGGGCGGCGGGCGGGGCGGCUGGGCGGGAGGCCGGCGGGAGCUCACACGCUCGGCAGCCGGCCGGCCUCUCACCACGCCUCCCGCUUUGUGAGCGCGCCCAGGGGGGGAGCUGGCCGCAAGCCCACGGCGCGCCUCCCGCCUCUAUAUAAACACACGCAUCGCCUUGCCUUGGAUCAAAUCAGAUUGAGAGACGCUUUUCAAACCACCAGCCCUGAAGUCCUGCCUCCUGCUUUCCCCCUCUUUCAUCCCUUUUUGCCGUUCUUUCUUUCUUUCUUUUUCCCCCCUCCUCUCUUUUCUUUUCCCCAACAGCAACUCCAGAGCCAGAGCCGAGAGACUGCGUCCCGGGACAGACUGCCUUUUCUUAAUUGAUAGAUAGCCGGGCUCGGGUUUUCCACCUCCCCCCCCAACCCCACCCCGCCUCACCCCUCCCGCCCGCCGCCGCCGCCCCAGCGCCCGCCUGGGGCUCUGUCGCCGGCUGCGUCCCUUCCCGGCUGCGUCCCGCCGACUCCGCGCUCGCGCUCGGGCCAACGCGCCCGCCUCGCCCGCCUCCGGGUGCCGCGGCGGUUCCAGCCUCUGCACUCGUCUCAUCUGGGGAGCCUUUUCCCAAGCCCCCAAAGUUUCUGGGUUCGUUGGAAUUUUUGCAUUCCGAUUUUUUUCCUUUUUAUGCACCUAGAAAUUUUGAAGGUAUACUUUUGAUAAAUUGACCGCACUUUCCGCUAGCUCUCGGUUCCCCUUCUUUUUGCUCCCCUCGCUUUGAGCAGGGUAGGGAGCUUCCGAGAGGCUUCUGGUGGAUAAAGUUUUCCAAAGUUUUUCUAGUGUGAUGGUCGAGGGGAGAGCAGGCUCACCAGCUUGACUCAGCUCCAUCUCACCUCCCCAGAGCAGCCCUAAGCCCGCGUAAAGGGACAAACAAACAAACAAACAAACAAAGUUACACCUCGAGUCGCCUCGUGUCUCCUCUCUUCUUCCAGGAAAUCUUUUUCCUCCCUCUCUUCGAUCACCUCGCAGCCUUCAGACCCCUUCUCUGGGCCCCAUCUCCUGGGUUUCGCCCGAGGGUUGCCAGGACCCCCGGCCGCAGCCUCCCCUCCCCCGUCACUCUAGUCCGGCCCUCCCCUCCCCCUUCGCGGCCCGCACAGCCAAUCCCCCGAGCGACCGCCAACAUGCUCUUUGAGGGCUUGGAGCUGGUGUCGGCACUGGCCACCCUCGCCGCGUGCCUGGUGUCCGUGACGCUGCUGCUGGCGGUGUCGCAGCAGCUGUGGCAGCUGCGUUGGGCGGCUACCCGCGACAAGAGCUGCAAGCUGCCCAUCCCCAAGGGCUCCAUGGGAUUCCCGCUCAUCGGAGAGACCGGCCACUGGUUGCUACAGGGUUCCGACUUCCAGUCGUCGCGCCGGGAGAAGUAUGGCAACGUUUUCAAAACACACUUGCUUGGUCGGCCGCUGAUCCGUGUGACCGGUGCGGAGAACGUGCGCAAGAUCCUCCUGGGUGAACACCAGCUAGUGAGCACCGAAUGGCCGCGGAGCGCACGUGUGCUACUGGGCCCCAACACGGUGGCCAAUUCCAUUGGCGACAUCCACCGCAACAAGCGCAAGGUCUUCUCCAAGAUCUUCAGCCAUGAGGCGCUAGAGAGCUACCUGCCCAAGAUCCAACUGGUAAUCCAGGACACACUUAGAGCGUGGAGUAGCCAGCCGGAGGCCAUCAAUGUAUAUCAGGAGGCCCAGCGACUUACCUUCCGAAUGGCCGUGCGUGUGCUGCUGGGCUUCAGCAUCCCUGAGGAGGACCUGGGCCAUCUCUUUGAGGUUUACCAGCAGUUUGUGGAUAAUGUCUUCUCUCUUCCUUUGGACCUUCCCUUCAGUGGCUACCGAAGGGGCAUCCAAGCUCGGCAGAUCCUUCAGAAGGGCCUCGAGAAGGCUAUCCGUGAGAAGCUGCAGUGUACCCAGGGCAAAGACUACUCGGAUGCCCUGGACAUCCUCAUUGAGAGCAGCAAGGAACAUGGCAAGGAAAUGACCAUGCAGGAGCUGAAGGAUGGUACCCUGGAGCUGAUCUUCGCCGCCUAUGCCACCACAGCCAGUGCCAGCACAUCCUUGAUCAUGCAGCUGCUGAAGCACCCUGCUGUGCUGGAGAAACUGCGGGAGGAACUGCGGGCCCAGGGCCUGCUGCAUGGUGGUGGCUGCCCCUGUGAGGGCACCCUGCGCCUGGACACGCUCAGCGGCUUGCGCUACCUGGACUGCGUUAUCAAGGAGGUCAUGAGGCUCUUCACGCCCAUCUCUGGUGGCUACCGUACCGUGCUGCAGACCUUCGAACUGGAUGGUUUCCAGAUCCCGAAGGGCUGGAGUGUCAUGUAUAGCAUCCGAGACACUCACGACACAGCGCCUGUGUUCAAGGAUGUGAACGUGUUUGACCCUGACCGCUUCAGCCAGGCACGCAGCGAGGACAAGGAUGGCCGCUUCCAUUACCUCCCAUUUGGUGGUGGUGUGCGGACCUGCCUGGGCAAACACCUGGCCAAGCUGUUCCUGAAGGUGCUGGCAGUGGAGCUGGCCAGCACCAGCCGCUUCGAGCUGGCCACCCGGACCUUCCCCCGCAUCACUUUGGUCCCUGUCUUGCACCCUGUGGAUGGCCUCAGUGUCAAGUUCUUUGGUCUGGACUCCAAUCAGAAUGAGAUUCUGCCUGAGACAGAGGCCAUGCUGAGUGCUACGGUGUAGCCUCACUCUGGUCUCAGCCCAGCCCAGCAGAGGGGUUGGGGACAGAGACAGAAACCUGUGGGGUGAGGAGGGGGGCUGGGUGGGAGGCCAGCAGUCCCCCUAUGCUGUCCUCCUCUGGCCUCUUCUCUGGCAAACCCUCCCCAAAUCCACAAGGGCCCCGCCUCCUCCUGCCUCCUGCUCUCUUGGAUCUCCACUGCCCCCUAGCUUAGCUCCUGAGACAGGGCCGGGACAGGGCUCUGUGUGCCCACGACAGUGUUAGCGCCAGUUGGCUGAGCCGCAGAGCAGAGUAUGCUAUAUAGCCUCUGAACGCUCCCUCCUCUUACCCCCUGUCUUUUUGUUGGUGGUCUGGUGGUUGUGAAGGCAGAAGUGAAGACAAGAGGGGGACCCCUUGGAGCACUCUUUGGCACCCUUCACCCUCCUUUCACUGCUCAAAUGUGUCCAGAACAGCAUCUUGGGGAUUCUCACCUAAGCUAACCUGGGCAGGGCAAGAGCUGCCGCCAGCCUUGAGGGUGCCCUGCACCAGCCUGACCAGUCUGGACAUUGGAAAUUACCUAUUGCUGCUAUUUGUUCUCUCUUCUGACCUUGGGGUACAGGAGCCUAUAGCUUAACCCCCAGCAUCUUUGGGGUACAGGAGCCUAUAGCUUAACCCCCAGCAUCUUUGGGGUACAGGAGCCUAUAGGCUUAACCCCCAGCAUCUUUCUUGGUGGCCCUGGGCAGGCACACUGGCGCUCCUCCCCUAUGGGACCCACUGAGCCAGGUGGGUUUUGGCUACAGCUGCCCACCCCUGCUCCCUAGCCCGUAUUUAUUCACUGACCUUGGCUACACUGAGGUCUGGAGCACACACCCCACACAUCACCAGCUCUGUCCUGGCUCUCCUUUUCAGGGUUUAUGUGAGGCAAGCAGACAGGUCUCUGGUCUAACCCAGCUCCCUGUUGAGGGUUAAUGUCAGAGUCAGACACCCAAUGUCUCUGCCUGGUGGUUUUUAUCACCUCCUCGCAUCUGUUAAAGCCCUGGGCUUGCGCAUCUGGGGCCACUACUUCCUGUUCGCUCACUGCCUGCCCCAGUGCCAGCCACUUCCCAAGUGAGGAUGUAUAAGGAUACGGGUUCUCCUGAAGGGACUUCUUGCCUCCCCUUCCUUAACCCUCACUCUCUGUCCCUUUGCUCUUGGGAGAGUUCCCUGCCCCACCCCCAUCCUAAACCCACCCCACCCCCAUGCCACUGUCUGCCAAGCCCAGCUCAGGGUGUGGGCAGAGAUGAAAGCGAAGAGGUAAGGUAGAGAGAGCCCUCCCUCUGCAAAGGCUCAGGCCCCAGGGGGUCUGGAGACACUGCAAGGAGGUUGCCAUAGAAAGCCUUGGAGAAGGAGACCAGAAGGAGGAAGAGGACAGGCAUAGGUGUGAUUUGUCAGAAGUGGUUCAGUUGCAGAGCAGCCAGUGGGGGCAACUGGGUGGAGGAGGAGGGGCUCCUGCCUCUGCCUUUUUGAGGGCUGGCCACUCAGGACCCCUUUUGGAAGGGUGUGGGGCUCUGGUGAGUCUCUAGGCAAUUUUGUCUGUUUUCAGAUUUCUAUUUGCUUUUGUUUUCCAUCCAUUGUUUUGUAUGUUACAAAGGCAGUGGGUCCUCUUCGCAAGAAAAUAAAAACACAGAAUGACAUCCCACAUCAACCUGACCCUAGAUGACCACUGUCAUGUCUCACCAGCCAAGCGGGACUCCUCUGUAAGCUGUGCUUCCCAGAUGUUUCAGUGGUCUCCUGCAUUUUCCUGACAGAACCGACACAAGCAAGAACAUUAGCACAGAUGUUAGCAGCAAAAUUAACGUGGACUUAAAAAUAAGUAUAAUCCCCCAAUUUCCUUUCCCAGAUCUGAAACAGACCAAAAUGUGUAAAGACUCAUCAAAGUGUAUGACAUAGGUGCAUGCUGCCCCCCAAACCAGCUCAGUGCCUGGAAGGUUCGUUUUCCUGCGCGCUAGCCCCGCUUGCCUGCAGCCAUCCAGUUUGGACUGAAGAUGCAUGCAGUAACCCUGGCCCUGGCGAGGGGCAGGGGCACUGGAGGGUCCCAGCAGGCUUCAGGGGUCUUCCCUUUUGGGGGGCCAGCCCAGGAGGUGUGGAGAGGGUGGGAGGAAGAAAAGACGAUCUGCCUGGAUGGGUCUCAGAGGUGACAGGCAAAGGGGCCUAGCCCAGGUGCCCUCUGUAGGUGUGUCUGUCCCGUGUUCGUGUGUUUCAUUGUGGUAGCAUUAAUGGGUGAUGUUCUCUCACAUUCCUAACUAUUGUAACUUGACAUUAAAAAAUUAAACCCCACAGAACUUCCUGCCACGGGCUUGCAGAUUGAAGCACUUUCAAAGUUAGGCGCUGGCGUGUGCGUUCUGGGCAACCAUUUUGACCCUGCCCAGAUUUCUAUUAUUUUAUACACAUUUUUUUCAUAAAUGUUAUAAUUUUGUGUCUGUCUUUAUAAACUAUUAUAAGUACUAUUUUUGUUAUAAUUCAAAAUAGAUAUUUAGUAUAAAGUUUUUGCUGUUAAAUAUUUGUUAUUUAGUAAAAUAUGAAUUGUUCUUUAUUGUAAACUUGGUUCAAAAUAUUAAUAUGUUUUUAUCACAGUUGUUUUAAUAUUGAUAAAGCACUUGUGUGUUUCUUUUUGGUAUGAGCUGGUGCCGCGUGUGUGUUUUGCCUGUCGUGUGGUUUUGAUGUGUAUAUAAUAUUCCAUGUUGCAUAUCACAACAAUGAAUGUCAUGCAUUUUGUGAAAUACUCAAUGUGGCUCUUUUAUUGGCUUCCAUAAUAAACUGUGGGG